AUGGCACAACCUUAUUCUUGGAACAGGGUUGGGUUACAACCCCAAUACUCCAACUUUAUACAGAUGCAGCUGGCGCUCAGGGUUGGGGUGCAUAUUUCCAAGGUCAUUGGGCCAAUGCCAGGUGGCCAGAUCUAUGGAUACAACAAGGAUGGGGUAAGUGAGGUAGUUGCCGGUUCAAUCAGCGACUCAUCACAGCGGGCGUUGUUGCUGAAUGACCUAUCUUUCGCUAGCGACCAAUCCUACGUCGAGGUGGUCCUACGGGCCUCCAAAACAGAUCAACAAGGCCGCGGCACACGCAUCGCCAUUCAAGCAGUCCCUCGGUCCAUACUGUGCCCCGUCAAAGCUUUGACACGAUUUUUGGCAGUGCGGCCACGUACAGAUGGAUAUUUCUUUAUUCACACUAAUUCCGCUCCUCUAACAAGAUUUCAGUUUCAGGCAGUGCUCAGGAAGACGCUAGCGGCAGCAAAACAACCCAUCAAUAUUAAUCUUUACUCUUCUCAUUCAUUUCGGAUAGGGGCAGCAACCACAGCAGCGUUGCAAGGAAUUCCGGCAGUUCAGAUUCAGGAAUUUGGCCGCUGGAGAUCGAAUGCCUACCAGGCGUAUAUCCGUAUCCCCCGGCUAAGCACACAAAACUAA